GUUCCCUCUUUCUAAACCUCCAACACAUCUUCUGUCCCAACAACUCACAGCCUCCUCUUUCUCUCUCCCCCUUCCUCUCUCCAGCAUAUCUUCUUCUUACCCAACAACUCACAGCCUCCUCUUUCUCUCUCUCCCUUCUACUCUCCCCACCUUAUCUUUCUCUCUCUUCCUUCCUCUCUCUCUCUCUCUCCAUGGACUGCCGUCAAAAUUCUUGCGCCCUCUGUGUCCCCCAUCUCAUCCUUCACAUCGCAUCGUACGAUUUUGUGCAAUCCCCACCUCUUCCGCACGCACGAGAGAUGCAUGAUUUUGAUGGAAGUUGGCAUAUUUGCUCCUUUUUUCUGCUCUUGGCUUUGCUCUUCUACAUUUGUCAAAACAGAAGUUGCCGAAUUCGGAGCCCUCUAUUUCUCUACACUUUCCUAUUCAGCGUGCGCUUGAAAUCUUUUGGACGCUCAACACAGCUAAAGGAGAUGAAGGCUUUGCUCUUCUGCAUUCGCUGGAACGGAAGUUGGCAGAUUUUCUCCCAUCUUUUGCUCCUCGCUUUGCUUUUCUGCAUUUGCUUGAAAUCUUUUGGACGCUUACCAAAACUAAAGGAGAUAAGAGGGCUUGACAUUUGGGUUUACUUCGGAGCCUUUUAGGAGACUCGCAUAUAUUUUUGGUUUCAGAAAACUGAUCGUUUGGGCCGACUGAAAGAGUUUGAUCAAACUGAUAUUGAUCUUCGGUUCAGACAACUAAGCAUUUGAGCAGACUGAAAGAAUUCGAUCAGAUUAACAUUGAUCUUUGUUACAAAAUAGAAUAGAGGAAGGGAAGACAUUGAUAAGAGGAGGAAGAUUAUUUCAGCAAUACAUAGUUGAUGCUUUUUCAUGCAUUGAAGAAGAAAGACUUGAUUACAUCAAAAGAAAUCAGCCAAACCUGAGAUCAGAAAUUUAUCAAGGUAUCAAAGAUGCCGUUGUUAGAGGAGAUUCUGAUGGAAAUGCCAUAGGAAAAAAAAUUAUUUUGCCAUCAUCUUUUACUGGCAGUCCUCGAUAUAUGAUUCAAAAUUAUCAAGACGCCAUUGCUAUUUGUCGAUGUCAUGGGCAACCUGAUCUGUUCAUCACCUUUACAUGUAAUGCUCAAUGGUUAGAAAUAAGAAAUGCUUUAAAUUUCAUUCCUGGACAAAAACCUGAAGACAGACCAGAUUUCGUUAGCAGAAUUUUCAAGAUAAAGCUUCAGAAACUAAUGGAUGAUAUUAGAAAGCAUCAAUUUUUUGGUCGAACUACUGCAGUGUUAUACACCAUAGAGUUUCAAAAACGUGGGUUGCCACACGCACAUAUUUUAGUCUGGCUGCAACAAGAGGACAAAUAUUUGACAACUGAAGCUAUAGAUUCAAUUAUUUCUGCCGAAAUACCAGAUAGAGAUAGUGACCCCCUUGGUUAUGAAAGUGUUGCGAAGUUUAUGAUUCAUGGUCCAUGUGGAACACUUAAUUUUGAUUCACCGUGUAUGAAGAAAGGUCAUUGUUCAAAACACUUUCCAAAAGAAUAUCGGCAGAAGACAAUCAUAAAUGAGAAUGGUUUUGCUAUCUAUAAAAGAAAGGAUGAUCAACGAUAUGUCAAAAAAAGUGGAAAUAAUUUAGACAAUAGAUUUGUUGUUCCUUACAAUCGAGAUUUAAUUGUAAAAUAUCAAGCUCACAUUAACGUUGAAUGGUGUAACAAAUCAAGAAUGAUCAAAUAUUUGUUCAAGUAUGUUAGCAAAGGACCAGAUAGAACACGAGCUGUGAUAGAAGAUAAUGUCACAAUAAAUGAAAAAGGUGAUCGACAAUAUGAAGAAAUCGAUGAAGUAAAGAAAUAUUUGGAUUGUAGAUACUUAUCAGCAUAUGAGGCUAUGUGGAGGUUAUUUGAAUUCGACAUUCAUUUUAGAGAACCAAGUGUUGAACGGCUAACUAUCCAUUUGCCAUUGAUGCAUAAAGUCACAUAUCAUGCAAGUCAAUUCUUGGAAUAUGUUUUAAAUAGACCAGAUAUUGGAAAAACAAUGUUCACCGAAUGGAUGCAUACUAAUGAAAUAUUUGAAGAUGCACGUGAGCUUACUUACGCAGAAUUUCCCACAAAAUGGGUUUGGAAUGCGAAAGACAAAAUUUGGACUAGAAGAAAACAAGGAAAUCGUAUUGGAAGAAUUGUCCAUAUUCAUCCCACAUCAGGAGAGUUAUAUUAUCUAAGAAUUCUUUUAAAUGUCGUCAAAGGUGCAAGAAAUUAUGUCGACAUUAGAACAAUAGAUGGUAUAGAAUACCCCACUUACCAAUCAGCAUGUCAUGCAUUAGGUUUGCUAGGUGAUGAUAGAGAGUGGGAUCAAGCAUUGAAUGAAGCUGCAAAUUGGGCAUCAUCUGAUAAGUUAAGACAACUUUUUGUGACCUUAUUAAUGUUUUGUCAAGUUGCUGACCCAACGAAAUUAUUGGAAACCCAUUGGACAAUGCUUAUGGAUGAUAUUGGAUACAAAUUACAAAAACUUCUUGACAUACCAAAUCUGAAAAUUCCUGAUGCAGAAUUAAAAAAUCAUCUUUUACUAGAGUUGGAAAUCUUGUUCAACAAAAACUGUAGCUCUCUUCAUGAGUUCAAUCUUCCAUUGCCCAAUAGAAAUCUUUUUGAACAAACAAAUAAUAGGCUGAUAAGAGAGGAGUUGAGUUACAAUAUUGAACAACUUCAGAAUGAGCACGUUGAAUUAGUAAAAGGUUUGAAUGAUGAGCAAGAGAUCAUUUAUAAUGCAGUUGUCCAAUCUGUUUUUGGGAACAAAGAGUUCGAUCUGCAGGAAAAAUAG